GAACCGCCUUUUGCAGACUUCCUCCCGCUUCCUCCCGCUCCGCUCGACCCCGAAGGCGCCGCCAUGAAGAGGACCACCACGACGUCCACCUCGUCCUUCCGCAGCUCCUCCGCGGGCCCCGCGCGCUCCUUCAGCAGCCGCUCCUACACGGCGGGCCCCGUCGGCGCCUCGCGAGUCAGCACCUCCUAUGCCUCCUCCAGCUACGGGGGAAGCCGCUUCGGCGGCGGCGGGGGCUUCCGAAGCAGCUCGUCCUUGGGCGGCGGCGGCGGCGGCAUCACGGCCGUCAGCGUCAACCAGAGUCUGCUGGCGCCGCUCAACUUGGAGAUCGACCCCAACAUCCAGCAAGUGCGCACCAAGGAGAAGGAGGAGAUCAAGACCCUCAACAACAAGUUCGCCAACUUGAUUGACAAGGUGGGGCCUCGGGCGGGGGCGGGAGAGGGACGCUGGACGCUGGGGGCGCGCGGAAGAAGUGAGGGGGGGACGGGACUAGAGGACUCCCUGAUUUGGUUGUGUGUUAUUGUGGGGUUAAUUGACGCGGCACCACCAGCGCCUUACACAGGGAAGAGGGGUCCCUGGCUCCGAGGAGCACACAAUCCCAGAUAAGAUGGGGGAAAUUAAAUGGUGAGCUUCAUGCCUGGUUGCAUGAGGAGAAGGGAGGUGGAAAGCUGUAGGGUGGCAGCCCAAGCAGUCGGUUAGAAUCGACCUGUGAGGGAACCUCUAAAAGUUCGCACCUCUUCUGUCAGCUGAUCUAUCCUUCAUGAAGGAGGGUGUGUGUACCCAGGUGUGAGAUGGAGGAAAGGGAAUUAGGCAAAUGGCAGCCUUUACAGUGAAGGAGAAGCACAAGAGAGGCCUUUGCUGUGCAGGCAAAGAAAGUGAAACCUGGAUUCUACUCGUGGGUGGUGCGCAGGAAUCUGUGUUGGAAACGAGAGGCUAAAGAUCGCUUUUAAAGAGCACAUUCAUGGGCUGAAAGUUUCCUGGACUUUGCUCACCCCCGUGGUGGGGGAAUCAGAGCUGGUCCGGUGUGUGAUGAACAAGCGAAGGCUCCUCCUACAGGUGUGAGAGCCGACUACACAAAAAAAGUUCUGUCUACUUUCCUGGUUAAAAAGGACGUGGGUAGGGAAAGAGAGGAAACCGUAAGGUCCUCAAUUACAUUUUCUAUCAAUGACUCACCAUAUAUCAUUGAAUGCCCUCCCUGGAUGGAAGGGCAAGCUGCCCCCUUCUGCAGAGGCCUUAGUCAAAGGUUAUGAGCAAUUUUGUUUGCCAACAGAUGGGGCUUUCCUAAAGGUGCCUUUUGAGGCUGCAAACCUUUAUGCAACCACCUGGGAGUAAGCUCCAUUUAACUCUGUGCUGCUUACUUCUCAGGAGCUAUUUUGCCAGGUGCUGCCAUAAUGUUUCCACUCUCUAAUUAUAGUCUAUCUGUCAGGAGUGGUUACAGGAUUGGGCUGUCUCCCGCUGCUGCCAUUCACAAUUCCCUCUGUGCUCUCAGCCUUGAUCAAAAGUUUCAUUCUCACUGACCCUGACCCUGGGCUAACACUAAUCAUUAGAAGCAAGCUUUGAAAGGCUGCCUGCUAACCAGUGGUAAGGGUCCCAUUUAGACAUCCAUUCCCCUGUGGAUUCUUCGUUGGCUGUUUGCAGUCUUGGGGACCCCAGCAUGCACUCUAGGUAGUGGCAUUCCUGUUUACCCUCCUGUGGGUCUUUCUCCUUUUGGGAGUGAAAAUGUGAAGACAGCUGCCCUUGGUCCUGCCCUGUGGUCUGACUCCUAUUGGGCAGCUUCCUGUGAGCUGGGUUUCCGAAUGUCUCUUUUGAAUACUAGUGGGUAGAAGCCUUCAGACUUCCUCAAAGGAGGAAGAGUAAAAGCAUUUCCCCUAGCAUUAACUAUCCUCAGCCUGAUGUAACCAAUUGCCAAAGUCAGGGCCAUUGCAGGAGCAGAUAGGAGGGAGGAAAUAUGCAGGUAUGAGAGGUGAAGCUGAGGAGAGGGAGCUUACAAACUUUGAUCCUGCAGCCAGCUUCUGAACUCUUAUAAGCAGAGUUAGAAAGUGGAAGCCUUAUUUCUGUAUGGCACCACUUAUGCUAAAGCAGAAUGGGAAGAGGGAGAGAACCACCAACUUGAAUUCCAUGUGCAUUCCUGGCUAUGCCAAGUUUUUACUAAAGAAUAUCAGAGACUGGAUUGCAAAAUUUGGAAGGUCCUCCUCGCCUAUAAUAGUUUUCUGCAAAAGUUCCUGCAUGGAGCCUGUGGCAGGCUCCUUGAUACACCUGGACGGGGCCCUUCCAAUUUUUGUAUUGUCUCCGAAUUUGCAGGAAUGCUUUCAGUUAAUUGGAUUCCUUUGCAUUCAGUUCAUGUCAGGCCUCUGUUUCCUACAAAAAGAUGCAGAGUUUUAAAUCGGGUGUAUUAAGAGACCAGGCGUGGUGUUUGAAUGUGCACCAGAUGGUACCUGAGUGGAACCAGACAGGACUUGGGUAAUUAUUAGUGUUAAUAAUAAAUAAUACAGGAGUCACCAAUUGGCUCCACACCUUUUUAGCUCUAACACUGCUGCAGCUUCUCAUGUCUGGAACCUACAGAGAUGAAGGUUAGACAAGAGGGCUUAUCCACACUUCCUCUAGUCCCACUGCUCCCCCCCCCCCCCGGAAAAUAGCUCUUUAGCACUCAGAGCAAAAGGUAAUUUCCCCCAGAUUGAAGUUUGGUGUAAUUUAGAGCAAAAGAGUGGAUUUUCCCUGAGAAGGGAGCAGGAAAACCACUUGAACCUGUUUUCUAGGAAGGGCUCAAGCGGAAGUGUGGAUGAGCCCAAAUACAACUCUCUCCACACUGAGGACUCUACUGUUUGUGGUUAGAAGGUGUACACAAAGACACUCACUCCAUUGUUGUUACUUGCCAUCUGACAGCGCUUCUGCAUUCUGCGUUUAAAAAUGGCUUCCAGGUCUAAGUCUUAGUUAGCGCUGCCUCAGAUUAAGCAUACAACCUAAACACCAGCAAUGCCAACUCACCUGUAUGUAUUAUCACCUGGGGGUAAUCUUAUAUGCUUAAAUCUGGCUUUAAUAAGCAUUUUGCCACUACAACCAUGGAACUGUAGUUCUUUGACGUCGGGGCAAUGAACCUCUAAUUCAAAAUUGAUUACUCUCAACAAACUACAACUCCCAGAAUCUUUUGUUCAUGUUAGGGCUGCUGGAAUUUCCCGAACAUAGCCAGGAUUCGGCUGUUGGAAACCGCGCCUGCGCAUAAAUCGCUUUAAUGUCCGGGAGAAUCUGGACAUAUGGCAACCCAUGUUGGAAGUGUAGAUUUUGGCAAAUUUCCUUUAAAAUAGCUCAAAAACAUUUUAUUUUUUUUAGAUUUUACAGAAAAAGCCCAAUAACCUUUGUGUCCAGAUUUUCACUUUUUGAAAUAUGGAAACCCUAAUGGUGGUGGUGGGGAAAGAAAGCGAGGCUUGUGGAAGUGGUAUAAGACAAAUAGGAAGUUCGCCCUGCUUCCUUUGCUGGAGAGCAUGAAAAUGGUUGCCAAGUGGCAGUUGCUUUUAAUUGCUUCCUCUGGCAGUUGUUGCUAUGUGGCUUUGUAGCUUGUAAUAUUGAUCAGAUUCCCCCCCCCCCCAUGUUGGUGCUGCUGAAAAGUUUGCCUUCAUAAAGUUCUCUGAUCCAUGAUAGUGGGCUGAACUUUUGCUGUGUGGAAAAAAACUUUUCACAGGGAGCUUUGAAAGUGGUCUCCAUUAUGGGCCCACUCUUCACUGCAGGAGGAUGGGGUGAGGGAGAAGGAGUGAUACAUGCAAGGCCAAAUGUAUAAAAGGGGGAAGACCUCUGGCAAACAGUAGGCACUCUGAACUAAAAAGCUUUCUCCUGUAUCCUGGACAACCUUUAUUAACACACACAUCUUAGGCUGAAAUUAAGCUGCUUUUAUUGACCAUCUGUUUAGGGUGUUGGAUGAACGUGGGCAACAGCUGUCAAGCUCCUAACCAGAGGCCUGCUGGUAGUCUAAAGGUCUUUUAUUUGGCCCGAGGCCUUUUAAGAAUGUGCCCUUCAGUCAUUUCUGAUCUGCAGAAGCAGCAAGGUCCUCUCAGUCACUGGUGUUUCAACAAUGGCUAGUAGCCAUUGGUAGUCUUCCCCCUGCAAAAAAGUAUAUUGGGAUCUGAAAUUUAUUUAGUGUGGUUGGUAGCUCUGUGUUGGGGGUAAACUCCCAGGAUUCCUUGGGAAGCCAUUGCUUUAAAUAUAUGGUGGGGGUGUGCCAACUGUGAGAUGAUAGAAGAUUGCACCAUUUUGGCAUCUGAUGAAACAGGUGGAAGAGACUGCAGACUUCUACAGAAGUGAGCUUUCUAUGUUGAGUAUUUAACUGGAUGGAAUCCCUUCUGUUCUCCCCCCUUGCCUCCAGGUUCGCUUCCUGGAGCAGCAGAAUAAGAUGCUGGAUACCAAAUGGAGUCUCCUGCAAAACCAGAAAACCACCCGAAGCAACAUGGAUGGCAUGUUUGAGGCCUACAUCAACAACCUGCGCCGGCAGCUGGAUGGCUUAGGACAGGAGAGAGUGAGGCUGGAUGCUGAGUUGGGCAACAUGCAGGGCCUUGUAGAAGAAUUCAAGACUAGGUGAGUGGGGGGCAGCUGGGUUAUUGCACCUUCAUUAUUUAAUCUUCCUCUGACUAAACAGCAUUAAGCGAAACCUGAGUCACGCCUGUUGUCAAGGCUGUGAAAAUUCCAUAGUUGCUCUGGAAUCAGCUCUACUAUUUGGCUUCCUGAAGUUACUGCAUUUCUUCUUUUUAACAUAAAAGUUGUUAGUCCACAUCAGUGAUGUGAAUCGCUCCCUAUAUUAAAGUUGGCAGUGGUGUCUGAUGGCUUGGGAUCUGUUUUCCUGACAAUGACCUUUUGCUGCCCAUAUGUCUGAUUAAUGCAGAUGUAAUAGUCCCAGUCUCUGGGUUGCAGUCCGUGCUAACCAGGUUCCCCACUCUAAUCAGGAACGUUAGCAAACGCUGCCGAAGAAGGAACCUGAUUGGUGCUAAUAUAAUUUUAAGAUGGGAGGAGAGGAAUUCUUUCCAGGGAGCAACUGUGUUGGAGCAAAUAAAUGCUCUUGUCAUCUGCUUCCCCAACAUUCCUCUUCACACACCUGUGGUCACUCUCAAGGCGGAGUGGGGCUCUAGAAACUUACAACAUGAGAAGGGCAGAUUGUAUGCUGACUAUUUUACUGCUUUAAGAUCUUCAACCCUAUGUUUCUAAGAUGCGUCAAAGCUUCUGGAGAAAUGAGAAUUAAAAAGCAUACAAAAAACAAUCUCUAAACAAUGCUAUACUUGAAAUGAAUUGUUCCCUUUAAGAGGAAGUAACGGAUGGAAGACAUUUUUGCAGAAUCUUAAAAUGGUUGGGUCAUAAACCUGCACAUGGUAGCUUUACCCCCCCCCGACUCUUCAGUCAAGUGUACACACCAUGUUACCUGAGUGUGCUGUUCUUCUCUUCUUCCUUGUACCAAGCACAACUACAGCUGCUGCAGUGCACCACCAGCAGGGUGAACGAACCAGUCUUGCAAGUGUCUGACUAUUUCCAAAAUGAGGCUGACACAUAUGGACACCCUGCCUGCCUCUCCGGACAUACUUGACAGUGAAGGGAAUACUGUUCAUUAGGGUUGCGAGCUUUCCUGGGACUGGGAGGGUGCAGGGGUGUGGUACCUAGGAACUCCAAGGAGACAUCUCUGACCCAGAGGAGGAGCUAGGCAGCCUUUGGUGAUUAGACCACAACCCACUCCUGAGCAAUCUCCAGAACAGGAUUAGGAUCUCCGUCUCCAUGAAUUUUUGGCAUAUAUUAUGUCUGUGGUGGUGUCUGCCACUCAUGCACCUUGCCUCACAAAAGAGGAAGAGAAAACAGACUGGAAUAACAUGUUGAAAAAGGGGGUGGUUUAUAAAGAGGAACACAGCUGGGAUUGGAUUGCACCUGAAGACAGAGGCUGCAAUCCUAUGCACCAGAGGAUGAAGAUCAUGUGGUCAUCCGGAUGUGGCUCUGCUUGUUAAUUGAACGGGAUGCUAGCUGAGUGUCACCUUAAUUUUGGUUUGUGAAUUGAACCAGGUGAAACCUAAUUUUGGGAAGUUAAAGCUGUUGGGACUGAGCCUUGGUAGGAAGUUUAUGAUGUCUGAUUCCUCUGUUUUAGAGGUCCUUUGGGGUUGCAUGUGGGAUAUUUAGAGUUUCUUAGGAGAAGGCAUAUGCACACUCUACUCUGCACAUGCUCAAAUACAGUGUCUCCGCACAUGCUUCCCAAAGCAGUCUUUGCACCAAAAGCAUGUGGCCUUGGUUUAAAUGAAGCCAUUCUAGGCUCACUUGUCACCUAAACUAAUCCAUCCUGUUCCUUUUCCCCUUAGGUAUGAAGAGGAAAUCAACCAUCGUACUGAGAAGGAGAAUGAGUUUGUCCUUUUGAAAAAGGUGAGUGAUUUCCUAGCUAGUGGUUAUUAUGCUUUGUGACAACUUCGUAGAGGUCUUUAAUUAUAAUGGUGGCUUGUGCUCUACCUCCUUAGGAUGUGGAUGAGGCCUACAUGAACAAGGUUGAGCUGGAGUCCCGUCUGGAAUGCCUGACAGACGAGAUCAACUUCCUGAGGCAGCUGUAUGAUGAGGUAGGCAUCACCUUGAAGGAAACAGAAUGGCCAGCGUACCAAGGCUUCCAGGUUCAAUCCCUGUCAUGUCCCUGUGGCUGGUCGGCAUGGACAUUACUUAACUAGAUGGACCCAAGCGUCUGGUGCAGGACAAAGCAGGUUCCUAUGGGCUUUCCUCCUAUUCUGCUUGGGAAUACCAGGGGGAACCUGUAAAAUAAGAACAGGCAGCCCAGACAUAUCCAUGGACUGCAAUUAUUACUAGUAUUUCUUAAAUUUGUUUACUGCCCCAUACCCACAGGUCUCUGAACAGAACAAAAUAAUAUAAAAACACAAAAUACAUAAGCAAAAUAAAAACAAGAACAACCCAAUACCCCUCCCCACAAAAGAAACCCCACACAUUUUGAAAGGGCAUUGCAUGUCAAUCGGCCAAAGGCCUGGUUAGAGAGGAACGUUUUUGCCUGGCGCCUAAAAGUGUAUGAAGGUACCAUGCCAACCUCCCUGGGGAGGGCUUUCCACAAACAGGGAGCCACUGCAAAAAAGGCCUGCUCUUGUGUUGCCACCUCCAGACUUGUUGUGUAAAGAGGCUAUCAGGGUCUUUAAACUUCAUAGCAAAUCUUUUUUCCACCUCCAUGUCUAAUGCUGAAAAUCUUUUUAGCUUCCUGGGCCCUGGUCUCAAUAAGGUUUUAGCUACUCUUACUAGUGUGUUGACACAUGAAGAAACUCCUCCUUCCAAUACCGUUAAAGUUGACUUUCCAGUGGCUCAAGUUUAGCAAAACUUACCUUAUUGGGCUGCAUCUCUGAAGGCAUUGUUGGGCAAAGUGUUUUGCUUUCUUCCAGGAAGCUGGACUCUUGGAAACUUUGCUCUAACCACUAAUAACAUGGCCUAGGAAAUCUCAGUACAGGUGAUGGAGUAGAACCAGGAUGGGGAACUUGGGGCGCUCUGGAUGUUGUUGGACUCCAGCUCCCAUCAUUCCUGACAACUGCCCAUGAUAGGUGUGGCAGCCCAACAUCCCUAUCCCUGACCCUAACUGUUGAAACCUCUUGCAGAGAAGAGGGCUGUGCCUUUGUGGCAGAGCAUGUACUUUGAGGCCUUUCUUGGUUCAUUGCAUAAGAAUUUUUUUAAAUUUAAAGCUUGAAAAAGAAAAGAUGAUGUACAGAAGUUAACAUCAAGUACCAAGCAUUUUUUAACAAAAACUGAGAGGAAAUAAAGAGGAAAGGAAAGGACAAGACUUCUGAUUCUGUAUCAGCUGUAUAUAGACUUACGCAAAACACUUGCUCCAGAAUAACAUCUAAUUCUUCUACUUUCCAUAAACCAACCUUUUUUUCAGUCUUCAAACCCAGAUAUCCAGACAAGUUCCAUUUUCCUUUUCACAGUAAAAAGUCCCUAAGAGGUUCCUGAUGAUUUAUAAAUGUCAACAAUGACUUUUCUCUGAACACGUCAACUCUGCCAUCUCUGACAAAUCCAAUAAUUUUAAUAACCAUUUUUCCAUAGUAGUUAAUAGUAAGUCCUUCCAUCUUUGUGCAUAUAGCAUAAUCUCUGCUGUGAACAAAUAUUGAAAUAAUCUUCCAUAAUCUUUUUCUAGUUGUGUAUCCUAUUAGUCCCAGCAGGAGGAGUUCUGGCUCCAGUUGAAUAUUAACCCUCAAAAUCUUCUGUAUUAAUGUAUUUGUAUCAAUUUUUAAAGCUUUUUUAAGAUGUCCACCAAGCACGAUAAAAUGCCCCUUCAUGUUCUUGAAGGCCUUUUUGGUUCCUCAUGGCUGUUUGCUUCCUGAUCAUGAUUAAUGAUGGUAAUACCAAAUUGCCUCCAACUUUCUCUCCAUGCAGGAGCUGCGUGUAAUGCAGUCUCAGAUCAACGACACCUCUGUGGUCCUGUCUAUGGACAACAACCGCAGCUUGGACUUGGAUGGUAUCAUUGCUGAGGUCAAAGCACAGUAUGAAGAAAUAGCUGCCAAGAGCCGGGCUGAGGCAGAGAGCAUGUACCAGAUCAAGGUGAGCCCCCUGCCUUGCUUACUCCUGGCUGGGCUAGGAAUCCUUCCUGUUUAGGGUGCAAAUUGGCAUAUUACGAGGGGGGGACCUUUUGAUCUGUGUUUCUCAAUGUUUUUUGUUGGUAUUUCUAGCUAGACAUGAAACCCCAGUAAAUGGUGAGAAACUUCAUGUGAAUGAGCUUGAGGAUUUUCAUAUUUAUUUGCAAUAGGUUGACUCGUUCACCCCCAGUACUCAGCGAACUAUUGACUGUGUUAUCAUCACAGUCCUCACAUCACGUUCAUGCUGUGUGGCCAGGGAGAGUGAAGUGCCAAGGAUGUAAAUCUUUGCCUUCUAAAAUCCUGAAUUGCCAACAAGUUUACAUCUGUUCUUCUUAGUGAAAGACAGCCAGCUUCAGAUAACAUAAUUGAAAUGGUGUGACUAUAUUGAAACAUGAUGCUUCCACCCUUGUUUUGCGCCACCUUUAUGGUAAAUUGAUAAACACUGCCCCAUAAUUUCAGAUUAAAAAGCAACAAUCCUAGCAAAAUAAUCUGCUUGGACUCCGAGUAUGGAGGAAAUCUGCAACAUCUGGAGGGGGAAUGUAUGUAUAGACUGCUGGCAAGAAUACCAAGGGCUAGUGUCCUUCCAGUAGAUUAGCUAACUUUGCAUGUGAAAUUUGUUAGAAAGGAUCCUGAAUUUUGUGAGUUUUUGCAUAAGGUAGGGUUGCCAAAACAACUGCCAUUUACUGGCAUAACCUGCAGAAGGGUGUUCUGACAAGAGUUGGUGUAUUCUAUUCUGAAAUGCCCCUGAACUCCAUGUGCUGCAUCUCCUGGCUUCUAUGUUGUCUGAUGGAUUUAUAUUUUUUAAUGGAAAGUGAACUGCCUUAAUCCUAGAAUCUGCAAAUGGGGUGGAUGAUGGGAGUGGGGCUGCCAAACGCAUGCUGGUGAGCAUCAGUAUUUGAGAUAAUGAUGGGUGGAAAGUUGCCCUUUGACAUCAAUCACGUUAAUCAUCAUAAUUUGACAUAAAGUAUGAGCAAUGUGCAUAACAUAUAUAUUAUCUCAGGGACAACAGCCCUGUAUUACUAUGAUCAUCCUUGUGUUGCAGACGGAAGCAGGUGAGGCUAAGAGAUAAUAGCUUGCCUAGGGCCACAUGAGGAGAGUUUGUGGCUGUAGUGAGAUUUAGGAAGUAUUUCUGCAUUGUGACUCAUACUCUUAGCCAUUCCAGUGUACUACCAGUUUUCUUGGAAGUUGCAGGAGGCAUAUGCAGAGGACCUGCCCCAUUCGUAUUGUACCUGUUCUCCAAGAACUUCAGGGGCUGACCCUAGUUUAGCCCUUCCAAUGGGACGUCUUAGGUAGCUUAGGAGACUUGCCCCCCCCCCCAAUUUGUUUUGUGCCUGGGCUGCAUUACACACUGCAACAUCUAGAACAUCCUGACAAAGAAUGCUGGGAACUGUAGCUUACCCUGCUCAGAUCUACAAUUCCCAGGAUUCCUUUUUUAAAGGGGCGGGAGUGCUUUAAAUGUGUUUUAAAUGUAUGGUGUGUAUGCUAUGUUAGACUCAUGUCUGCUCUGAAAUGUCAAUAGGUCAAUAGGCCUUUCUCAGUCUUUGGUCCCUAGAUGUUGUUGGGCUACAGCUCCCAUCAUUCCUAGCAAGUGGACAGGGGUCGGGGUGAUAGGAGUUGUAGUUCAAGAACAUCUGAGAAAAGUUGCUCUAUUCCCUGGUUGGUGGGGAAGAGAGGGGACCCACCCACCCACCCAACCUGCAGCAUCCCCCCCGCUCACCAGUGGAAGACUCCCCCCUCAGUCUUACUGCAACAUUAGGGCAUUGGGGGAGGGUCACCGCUGUGGAGGGUUAAACAUCUCCAUGUUUAAGAGGUUGCCCUCGUGUGUGUGUGUGUGUGUGUGUGUUUUAAGUGUUUAAUCUGUCUGUCAUGGCAGUAGUAACAGAGCACUCCAUCUGAGUGUCUGCAAGGGUCUUCCCUUGCUGGAUUCUUGAGAUUCUCUGACCCUCGCCUUUUACUGACAACCACCUUUUUUGGAAGUUGUCACAUUUCUCUUUUUAUCGCCUCCCUGUAGUAUGAAGAGCUCCAGUCAGUGGCGGGCAAGCAUGGAGAUGACCUCCGCAACACCAAGAAUGAAAUCAACGAGCUCAACAGGAUCAUCAACCGGAUACAGUCAGAAAUUGAGGGUCUGAAAGGCCAGGUCAGGAGGCAAUGUUUGUGAUUGAUACAGUGCCAUAUAUAAUAACAUUAGCCAAAGAGGCAGGCCUAUGACCUCAUGGAACUAAACCACCUACCUGUACAUAGGCAAAUGAUUUUGAUUGCUCCAAUAUCAUAUUGGUUGUGCUUUCCUUCAAGUUCCAUUGCUCUUGGCAGAACUUGCAGUGCACCAUUUCCCUUGAAACUGAAGCACCUAGUGUUUUCAGUGCUCCUAAAUGCUUGGUUUUGGAGCAGACAGAACAGCUCCUCCUCAGUGUUCUUUUCCAGAGAGACCCUAGGAGCCAGUCCUCAGUGGCUGUCUCGCCUCCUUUCAAUUGUGACUGUGUUAUUCUCAGUGGUGAAAAAACUUCCCUUUCUUUCAUGCAGACUGGGCAGCUCCAGGACACUGGAGACAGGGACCCAGAGGCAGAAAUAGGACUGAGUCUUUGGCACACACACAUAUGCACAUACCCAUAUGCACUCUGGAGCACUGCACUGCUGCUUCUGGCUUUUGGGAUUUUAACAGGCAGUGCUGAAUGUCUCUCUUGCAAAUGGGAAAACCAUUGGGCUCUUCCUUUUUUCCUCUCCUCCCCAGCGUGCUAAUCUAGAAGCUGCCAUCACUGAGGCUGAGGAACGUGGGGAGUUGGCCGUAAAGGAUGCCAGCAGCAAACUGUCUGAGUUGGAGGCUGCCCUGCAGAGAGCCAAGCAAGACAUGGCCCGCCAGCUGAGGGAAUACCAGGAGCUGAUGAAUGUCAAGCUGGCUUUGGAUAUAGAGAUCGCCACCUAUAGGAAGCUUCUGGAAGGAGAAGAGAACAGGUGGGUGCCAAGACAGGGCUCUGACAUGUGUACUUCUAAAAAAAAAAAGUGCUCUUGGUGGCAUUGGGGUGGUCAUAUGGGAUCUAGUUUCCAGUACUGCUUGUGCCUGCAAAAAUUUUGGGGGCUAAUGUACUAAUUUGUUCCAGUUGGUGCAUGUUCCCUUUCUUCUGUAGUAACUAUACUGCAAUUCCUCUGGGAUGCCUUUUCUUUGUCCUCCUUUUAUUACACUGAUUAUUAAUGCCAGAGUGCCCCUCCUGAAAGCUAGUGGAACGACCAAUAAUGCAGAAUGGACUGGACUGUCCAGUAGAAAUUCACCUGUAAAGCAUCCAGCACUAUUUUGUCAAUGGCAUGUUGCAGAAUACACCUGCAAACACCCCCAACUCUCUGGAGCCCCCUCUCCUCCCACCCCCGACAACCAGUAGUGCAUUCUGGCAGCAGCAUAUGCUCCAGUGCUCUGUCCUUGCAUGGGUGUGCAGCAGUUGGGAUUGCCGGCACAUAGACAAAUGCUUCCACUUCCACAUAGACUUUUGCUUCUAGCAGUUCCAUUUUUUUGUCCCUGCUUCUUCUUCUGUCCCUGCCUGCUGAUCGUGUUUUUGCUGUGUCUUCCCCUCCACCCACUUUGCAGGCUGGAGUCAGGGAUGCAGAACAUGAGCAUUCAGACCAAAACAACCGGCUAUUCAGGUAAGCAGACUUUGCAGCUUCAUUGAAAUAGAGGCAUAGGAUGAAUCCACGGGGUUAUGUUUUGAGGCAUGGAAGAGUCAUGGCAACUAGAUUUCCCUUUUCUAUAUCACAAUGCUUUGCUGGUGAUACACCAGUUGAAAAGCAGAUAUAGCCAGCGCUACCAAUGAGAGGCAAAGCCAACUCCUUCUAGAUUGGUCCUCAUCCUCCUCUGAGUUCUACAUGGGCAGGAGGUUGACAGCCAGUGCAACUCCUGGAAUGGCUGAAAAGGGCUGCCUGGCAGGUUGAGCAGUGGGCAGGGCACUAUUUGUCCCAGUUAACCAACCUCCAUUGAUAGUAGAUACCAUAUAUUUUCAAAAUUUCCACCUAUCUAUGCUUGAAGGAGCUGGGAGGCCCCCUGUGUCAUGUAUUCCCCAGUUUCUGCCAAUAAUAGGAGCAGCAAUAUCACCCCAGAGGGGGGGGGGGAUUAAGGCUGAUAAUUCCCCAAUGCAGAUUGUGUUAUGAUGGGCGGGGGGCGGGAUCCCAGAAGCAUCACCGUUGCCCUGAAAUCAGUUCUGUCCCAGAGUCCUGACCAAGGGGACCCUGGGAUGCCCAGAGGAAACUUUUUAACAGGACUGCCCCACUGUUGCAUGGAUGACUCACAUUGUUCUGGGAACUGAUUAACAAAACGGUUAGUUUUCAUCAUUGUAAAUGGCUGCUAGCCAUGAUGGCUAUGUUCUGUCUCCAGUUUCGGAGUGAUUGCUGACUGUUAAUUGCUGGGAAUUGCAAGUGGGGAGAGUGCUCUUGUGCUCAGGUCCUGCUUGCAGACUUCCCACAGGCGCACUGGUUGGCUACCAUGCAAACAGGAUGCUGGGCUAGGUGGGCCACUGGCCUGGCUGAGGAGGGCUGCUCUUAUGUGCUAUAGAUGUUGUUAGCUGGGGCAGCUUCUUCCCCUUGUCUAGGGUUUGGAAACACCACUCUGUCUCUAAUAUUAAACUCCUUUGUUCCCACCCAGGUGGUCUGUCCAGUGGCUUCAGUAGUUAUGGGGGUGGCUACAGCUCUUCAUACUCAAGUGGUGGAUACUCCAUGAAUUCUUCCCCGCUGGAGAGCUCUGCAGUCACCAAGUCGAGGGCCAUUGUCAUCAAGAAGAUCGAGACUCGGGAUGGGAAGCUGGUGUCUGAGUCCUCAGAUGUGCUGUCCAACUGAGAUGCUGUUUGCAUCCCAAAAGAACCACCUCCAGCAGUUUAGAGUGCCUUAAAUCCAAUGAGCCUUCUUUCAUCUAGCCAGGUCAAAAGGUCAAUGGGAGGAUUGGGGAGGGAAAAGGGCAGGAGAAGGGGUAGUGGAGCAAUUUUCUUCUUCUCAACCUUUGCUGGGGCAUCAGAUAUCACAAGGGGGACCUGCAACAAAAUGUUGCAGGGUGGUUGCUCCUACUCAGAUUUCAAGCCAUCUCCCCCUGUUUUUCCAUCUAUUUUUCUCUCCCCUAGUUCCCCUACCUAAAGAGCUGAGAUUCUCCUUAACCUGUUGUUAAAUCUCUUCUUUGUGCUGUUUAGGCUAUGCAUAUAUAGUUUUUUGUAUCCCUUCCUCUCCCACCUACCCUGACUAUAUACACAAGUGAUUUAUGUUCUAAGUACCCCCCCCCCCGCAAGUCUGUAGACACUCCUGUUUUACUCAAGAACUAUUAUCAGUGACUUUUUGGGUGCAGGGAGAGAAGCUAGGACUGCUCUUAUACCUUCAACUACAGGUUGAAUGGUAGAAAUCAGCAGGCAAAGCUUCUCAUAGUACAGAGCAGGCAGGCAGGGCUUGUGGCCAACCCAUGUUGUUGGACUGCCAACUCUCAUCAACCCCAGCCUGCAUGGGCAACAGCCAGGUGAUGGGAGUCCAAUAAUGUCUGGAGGGCUACUUGUUCCCAAUCCUGCUGUAAGCCAAAGAGAACCUUGGGCAAUAUAGAGCUGCCUUGGUGCCUUAUACCCAGGGGUAAUGAAGCUUGAUGCAAUGUCCUGUCUCCUACAUGGAAACAGCCCCAAAGGUAAUUUUCUCUGCCUCCUUGGAAUGUUUUUCUACAUAAACUUCCAAUGCAAGGACUUUUGUCUUUGCUUGAUUCUUUUACCAUGAUGGGAUUGCCCCUUUGUGGAAUCCUUGAUGAGCCUCUGUAGAACCCACAGGAGAUUUCGGUUGGAUCACCUCCCCAAUCCCAACUCAUAGGUCCUACCAAAGAUGCAGACACACACAAACUUAGAAAGUGUUGAAAUCUUCCUGGUCCUAACCUUCCACAGCUGACAAGUUAAAGUGAUGCUGAAUCGCCCACCCAGCUGGUUUGCACGAUAUCAGGUAACCUUUCUUUUAGGAAGCUGGUGGUGGUGCUUCCACUGUUGCUCCUCCUGCAGUAGACAUAGCUGAACUUCUCAAUGAACCCUGUGCAUUUUUACUAGGAAGGAAGUUCUACUUGAAUUCAAUGGGGCUUGCUUUUUUAAAAAUAUUUUAAGUAAUAAACACACACAAAAAUAAAAAUAAGCAUUGGUAGGAACUGUGGCCUUAAAAGUACUGCGUGCGUUCACUCCCCCAAACUGAGAGAGGGAAUGAAUGUGAGCAGCAGUAUCACUCAGUCUAGCUGGAUGAGGGCAGAAAUGUCUGCAUUUCAUUCUUAAAACACACCUUAAUUACAUUUUAGUUGCCAUGUUACAUUUUAGUUGCCUCCAGCAUGGUUUUGAUGUGGGAGAUGGCUUUGUAACUCCCACCCCCUUUGCAGGGCCAAAGUGGUGGUUAAAAAAACUAGACUGGGGCACUUGGUUAAGCAUUUAACAACCCCAAUAGUCCACAUUUAAUGCAAAAGUGAGCCCCAAGUGACUCUCCCAAGUUUGUAGAGCUAAGGCAUAGGCCUAUAUAUGCAUGAUUACUUGGGGGGCUCAUCCCCAUGUAAGCACCCAUAGGAUUGCAGCCAGGCAGUCUUUUUCAUUCCUAUGGGACUUGUGGAGUAAAUGGGUCAGGAGGGUGGACUGCAUUUCUUGUGUUUUUUCUCCCCUCAAAUGGUGUCUGUGCACAGCAAACCUCUCACCUCAGACCUUGUUUAAUAAAAGCAUUAAUUACACAAA